CGUCAUUGUUUUGUUUUGGCUCCUGAUCAAGUCACUUAAAAUUUAAGCAUUAUGGGCUUUCUGUUUAUACUUAGUUGGAUUUCAUUAGCUAUACAGAUCACCUUCAUAACACUGUCUAUAGUGGCUGGUCUCUACUAUCUGGCUGAAUUGGCAGAGGAAUACACAACGCCAGCUCGACGUUGUAUACUAUUUAUGAUUAGUUUCACAAUAUUUGUAUAUCUUCUGUUGAUAUGCUUUGAGGACUUUCCAUGGACUAUGAUGCUGUGUGGACUAAUAGCGCAAGGAUUUCAUUUCAGUAUAAUGAAUAAUUUUCCCUUUAUUCAAUUACUGUCGGUGCCGUUUAUUGGCUCGUUGGCAAUGCUGGUGGUUAAUCAUGUGUUUGCAUUUCAAUAUUUUACCAGCGUCUAUGUUCCCUUCACACAGGUACUGGCCUACUUUACUAUAUGUAUGUGGAUGGUUCCCUUCGCUCUGUUCGUCUCACUCAGCGCCAAUGACAAUGUGCUGCCCACCACAAUUAGCAAUAAUGAGCGACUCAUGGGCAGCAGCAAUCCGGAUGUGGUCAGCAAUUACUUUUCACGUAAUAAGAAGGUUGGACUCCUGUCGUUCUUUAACUACAUUAAGGAGACGUUGCUGCCAGGUCGCAGCAAGAAAUCGUUUUAGCUAAGACACUAAAGACUAAGAUCAUUAGUACAUUUGCCGGUUUCUUUGUAAAGGAUAUUGGUCGUAACCCUUAGUUAUUUAUUUUGUAAACAAACCAACAUUUUAGAUUAACAAUGAAUAUGUUGAAUUCA